UAAACAAACAUCCAGGGACCCUGUUCUCGAUAUGUGAUUGCACUAUUGGCUGUCGCGACAUCGAUAUUUGCCUGGAAAUCUUUCAUACACUACGCCGUGACAUAUAGGUCACCCCGGAGCAUAUUUCUCACCCAAGGACCUCCCACAGCCCCAACCGCCGGUCAGUCAGUGCCACUAGGCCACCUCGAACCGACAGAUCUCUUGCGCCUAUGCUACCGAACGCGCACAUGCGCAUCGUCGCUUAACGAGACCACCCGCCAUGUCAUCAUCACUCGCCGACGCGGACAUGGACGGCAUGUCGUCCCCGGAUCCGCUCAACGAUGUCGUUCCGAGCUCUGUGGCCCGCGUCACACGCAGCAUGGUACGAGGUUACCAGUCCUCGUUACGGUCACAGAGGCAGUCGUCGACAGCCAGCUCUCCGAGGAAACAGACCUUUGAGCUUGACGUCGGCAACGAGCUGUCACCCCAGAAAAUCCUUGUCACUGUUGAGGCGGAGGGUAGCGAGAAAGAUCACGUCACGCGCCGCCUCUUCCCAUCCUCCGCCGUUCGCGGUCCGCGUUCUGCUGCCCGCCGCCGCGAUCUCACCACAUCCACCACCACCACCACCACAAUCCCCCUGAGGGGCCUCACAGACGAUGAACGUGAGCCAGUACCGGGCACGGCGACACCUCGCAGGCGAGGAAGACCGCGGAAGUCAGGCACUCCGAUGCCGUCAGCGAAAAAGAGGGCUGGGACCCCCAUCGACCGCAGCCCCAAGCGCAAUCGUCGCUUGCGGUCAGAGACCGCCGACUCGGCAUCCGAGACGGGCGGCGAAGACAUGGACGCAACGCCAAGACCAACCGCAAAGUUUCGAAAGACACCAGGACGCAAGGCCAGGACUCCGUCCAAAAAAGACACGAGACCGCCCCCGGAUACAGGGACUGUGAAGAAAAGGGGCCGCCCACGGCGGCAGGCUCUGGUCCCGGCCGAGAUGGAAGCACUGGCCGACCAAGACACACUGAUCGAGACCAUUCCCUCUGUUAUUCCGACGGAGCCCACGGCGGAGGGCCUCGGCCCAGACGAAACGAUGCUGUCCUCAAUCAAUGUAUCAACGGAUGGCGCGGGUGGUAAUGCCAUGGACGACGAAGAUAUAUGGCUUGCCGCCGUGCCCGAGUCACGCCCACCUGCCGACUCAUGGCGGGCAUCUAGCAGCGUGGUGGAUAUGGAACGUCACUCGAGUCCGCAGGAGCCGUCAAAAGCGGCAGACGUACCAGUUUCCGAGGCUUCCAGCCAGGAUGACAGAGCGUCGGUUGACUAUGUGGCCUCGGGUGCCGACCAGAGCGAUGCCGAAUCUGAGACAACUGAGAAGGCUGCUAGGAGCGAUGCCGAUAUGGAUACGAUCGCCCAAGGAGAAGACUUCAGCAUGAUCAUGAUGGAUUCGAUCGUGUCGUUUAGAGAAAGCAUGCAGUAUGCCGAAGCCGCGCUUCCAGAGAUGGGAGAUGCCACCAGCUUCAUUGUCGAUAGGGCGCUCGAGCCCAUCCGGCAGGGCAGGACAGAUCAAAAUCAACACUAUCCACCGAGCCAGCAGCCCUCGCAGCCGGAUAAGAGACCAGCCAGUGAUGUUGGUCUUUCGUCUGUCGAACCCGAAGCGACUGCGCCUGCAGGGCAACCCACAGCCCCCAAGCCCAGCCCCCCUAUUGACGCUCCCCGAAACGAACCGUCGCCGGCUCCCGCGAGUAGCCAGAACACGAUUAGGACGCGGGUGGAAAGCCCAAAGAAGGGGAAAAACGUGACACCACUGAGCAGGCAGCUUGCUCUGAAGUCCUUGAGAAGGGACGAGUCGCUGCUGGAUACUCCGCUCGCCUCCCGUGGCCAAGAGGUAUCUGCGGCUCAUGAGGAGGCAAGUGUCUAUGACGACUCGUUUUCCGAGAUCCCCGAGGCUGUGCUCGAAGCCGUAACCCCACGACCACUCGGACAACACCGAGACCCUGUAUCGGAGCAUGAGGAUGAGGUAGAGGGGAUGGCCGAGGACCAUGAUGGCGACAACAGCCACGACGAUAGCGAUGGCGGCAAUAGCCACGAUGGCAACGAUGUCGACGGCUUUGAAGGCGGGGAAGGGUCGAUAGACAAUGAUGGAAAGGCCCAGUCUGACGGGCCAGCGCCAAUGGUGAUAGACUCUGCUCCUCUGCCAGAUACCGCAAGGAAGCUGUUGACACCAGAUGAGACGCCACCACCGGUUGACGAAGAGCCCCUGGGGAAAGAGUCGGAGGGUGCAGAGAUGGCAUCAGACGACGCCCAGGACGACGCACACGACGAUGCACAAGACGACGACCUGGGCUCUUCUCCACCGGCGCGUAGAGCUUCGUCGAUCGAUGAGACCGGUUGUUCAAAUCCCACAAUUGCCACACGGGAGACGAGGCAGGACACAUCAGAAAGCCCCGAGGCUGCUGCCCGAUCUUCGCUAAACCCGCCGCAGCUAGACCUGGACGGGCAUUCCGACAAUUUAGAUCUACCUUCCUUCUCUACUAGACCUGCGCUAUCGCCAAUAGUGCGGGUCGGGAGAGCUCUCCAGCACGUCACAUCGGACCCGCCAUCUCCCAAAGGCGCAGAGAGCACUCUGGGAAGCCCCUUCAGAUCCUCGGUGUCCCGAGACAUGGAAGGUACUGACACGGCACGGCCAGGGGUCAUGGCGGAGCCUUCACCGGAGCCUCCAACUCGAAAUGCGGGCCCCGAGCCAUCCUCUGUGAUUAGAUCGGAGAGAUCCUGGACCCAGGUCCUUAAUCCACUCAGUCAAAUCAAAAGCCUUGUCUCUCAGGGGGCACAUAUGUUCUCGCCGCGAGCCGCGAUUCCUCAGACCUCAGCGGAGAACCCAUUUGCUCCAGAUUCGGACAUGCCAAGCCCGAAGGCCAUCCCGCGAGCGAAAAAGUCAUCCCUUCCGUUGGAGGAGCCUCCUCUAGACUCGGCCGUGAAUCCAGCACGCCCAGGCGGGGACGGCGCCGAAGAAGCCAUGGACUGGGAGGCUCCUGAAAGCGUGGUGGCCGCCGGGAGCGGACGGGCAGAAGGCCUCACUGCCUCUAACGCCAAGUCAUCGAGCGGUCCAGCCUUGGGUCACAUGAAUGAUACAUGGCGUCGACACAGUGGCCAUGAUGAGAGUAACGUGACUGCUGAUGUGCUUAUGGAGGAAGACCAUUUACCCCCGCGUGGAUCGGAACCCCCCGAGGUCGACGAAGACGAUGAUAUCUGGGCGUUUGAGGCAUCUCGGCCGACCCCAUCUCCGGCCAAGGCCCAACCGGUUCAAGACCCAACUCUCAACCUAUGGAGCCGAGCCAAGGUGCCCAGUCCUUGGACAAAGACGGCAACCCCGCGAGUGGCGAGUGAGUCUGAAGAGUUCUCGCUCCUUUCGGUGCAGGAGAGGGACUUGGCUCAGGCAUCUCUACUUGGGCGUCAUGAACAGCCACUACCGGUCCAGAUUGCUCGUACAUCAGCUGCCAGAGUUGACCUAUCCAACUUCUUCUCGUCUCCCGCUACUGUGCCUCGAAUCCAACCCCUCGCGACCAACGCUCCUGAUGACGCCACUCCAACGCAGCCUGCCGAAGACAGUCACAAGGAGCUCUUUGGAUCGGUGGUCCCACCUCAACGGGAGUCAGUGGCGCGCGAAUCCGUUGCGGAAAGGUCUGUGAGUCAAAGCCAGAACCCUCCGUCCUCGGUGGCGCAGAAGGCAUUCCAGCCCAGCGGCCAACGUCGACUGGAUCUAUUCUCCCCUGCGCCGCCUCGCCAGCCGCAAGCCAGCCAGGAACCGCGACCAUCGACGCUAUCGCAGCGGUCGCCGCCGAAGGCUCCCUCUGGACAACUGCCGCAAAAACGCAACUUUGCGCCGCGUUCAGGCAGCUCCGGUGGUUGGCUGUUUGACCCAGUUGGCCCCGGCGCCGCCAGCCACAAAGCGUCUGUCGAGGACACAGCCGAACGGGACGAGAGCCGUCAUGUGCCUAAUCAUGCCGAUGAUUCGGACGAGGGCGAAUCAAGCUUCGUAGUGCCAACACUAAAACCGCUACCCAACCGGGCGGCGUCUCCGACCAAGUCCUGCCUCCGCUCACCUCUCAAGCCUAAGACGCCCGGCCGGGUGGUGGAGUUCACAAGCAGCACUCUCUCGCCUCUUGCACUCGAGCAGGCCCGGGGACUCCACGGUCUUCCGCAAGCCGCGACUGGUGGUGAUGCCAUGGAAUUGGACUCGGAACCUGUGCGGACAGACAUGCAGCGACCGUCCGGGGGUGAGGGAGAUAAAGGCAAUAAGGGUAGAUACCCUCCAAAAUUGAUAGGCCAGCCGAAGCCCAUCACGGCGCUGCGACAGUCUGUCGUGCUGGCGCCCCCGACGAAAGCCUCGACCGCUCCAGAAGCCGCGGCAUCGCGCCUGUCGCAAACACAAUGGAGCCGGGCACACUGGGUCCGGAUGGACGCCCUGCUGCAGGAGCGCCGCAAGGGCUCGCUCAACUUCCAGCUGCAGCACCGCGUGAGCGUUUCGCAGAAGCGCCGGUCGGCGGGGCUCCUGGGCAAACACGUCUCGGCGCAGGGCGAGACCAUGGCGCUGGAUCAGUGGCACCUCGACGUCGUGGACGCGUUCCGGGCUGAGCUGGGCGCCGGUUGCGUCUGGGACGAGCACGUGCUCUCGAAGCGCCUCUUUGCCCUGCUGGUCGGCGAGGAGAGGCGCCGGGCCGCUAAGGGCGGACGACUGAGGCCCAUUGGCGCGAUGCGGAACGGCCAGGCCAGUUAAGCCAGCCUCAUGGCCCCUUUCGCGCAAACCCCCGUAUUCGAGGAUUUCAUUUUCCCUCCCCUGUGCGUCUGCAUGGGCCGCGUUGGCUUUCCCUUACCCCCUUGUUUCUACUUCCCGGCAAUGCCUUCCGGGUAGUCUUUUGAAAAUUGGCAUCGACGGCGUUCUCUGUGAGCUUUCUGUACCUCCCUGUCGACAUGUCCCUGCAUUCCAUGUGCGUUUGCAUCUAGUUUUGUCUGGUUGCUGGGACUACUGGAUUGUCGUUUAUAGCCGCAUCGUUGGGUUUUGGUGGGUUUUUGGUCGGCGUUCUGUGCUGCUAUAAUUCAUGUGUAUUUUUCUGGAAACCUGCUUUGGGAUCCUUUUGGAGUCGGACUGGGCAUCUGGAACGCCACGGCAUGCCUUCAUGGCCCCAUCUAUCAGCAGCACGAUCGAAUAAUUACCACAUAACAGGUGAAGAUACGGUAACCUCCCUGACUGGGCCCUUACAAAACUUUCAUGUCAAUUGCCGACUAUGCAUCAAGAAACCUACCAGCUAGCCAAGCCGGCUGUAUAGUGACAGGGUCUGUAGGUUUGACAGCGAGGUAUGGGCUAUGUUGUGAGAGCUGCGACCUACCGUCGGAGGAUGUCAAAUCACCUUGGUAAUGAUAGACAUAUUCCAAAUCAGACUGUCAGUCCCGAACGCGAUGACCCAUUCAAUGAACUUGAGCACGGCGCCAGCUACUUUGUUCUACUAUUACAAACGCAAACCCGUCACCGCCCAACUUGGUCGGCAUGCCUCACGAGGCGAAGAAAUAGAAGCACCAGCAACGUCGCAGCCGGCCCAAGGAUCCAAACACCUGCUUUUGCGCGCGCGGGGCCCUACUCGAGCAUGGAUGCCUGAUUGGUGUAGAGCACGUCGACCACGCUGCUGAGCUUCUCGAUC